UCUCAUCAUGAACCCCGAAUACGACUAUCUCUUCAAGCUACUCCUUAUUGGUGACUCGGGUGUAGGAAAGUCUUGCCUUUUGCUCCGUUUUGCUGAUGAUACCUACACUGAGAGUUACAUCUCUACAAUUGGUGUUGAUUUUAAAAUCAGAACUAUUGAAUUGGAAGGAAAGACUGUGAAGCUCCAGAUUUGGGACACAGCUGGCCAAGAACGUUUCCGCACCAUCACGUCAUCGUAUUAUCGUGGUGCGCACGGCAUUAUUGUUGUUUAUGAUGUUACAGACCAAGACAGUUUCAACAAUGUUAAGCAGUGGAUGCGUGAAAUCGACCGUUAUGCUGCUGAGGGUGUCAACAAAUUGUUGGUAGGCAACAAGAACGACUUGACAGAGAAGAAGGUUGUUGAUUACACAGCUGCAAAGGAAUUCGCUGAUUCCUUGUCGAUUCCUCUUCUCGAAACUUCUGCCAAGAGUGCCACCAAUGUCGAACAAGCCUUUUUGACAAUGGCAAAGCAAAUUAAGGAUAGAAUGGGCAGUGCGUCCGUUCAACCCCAGCAACAGAGUACAGUCAGAGUCGGUCCUGGUGCAUCUGUCCAACCCGCAGCUGGUGGUGGAUGUUGUUAAACUCAUUUAAUAUUUUUUUUCCUUUCUUCUUCUCCUUCUCCUUCUUCUUCUUUUUGCAUAUGGUUUAGUGUGUGCUAAUGCUAAUGCUAAUGUGUGUAGUGCGUGCAAUAUGUGCAGUGUGUGUAGUGUGUGUAGUAUGUGUAUAGCUUUUCCAAGCUCUUAUUUAUAUUCCAAUAAAUUGAAUCGAUAAACAGUAUAUACAUAC